AUCACAAGUGGAGUUCUGGAAGUUUCUGCUGUGCUAGAUUAUGAGUCAGUCACAAGCUAUGCUUUGGUUGUCCAGGCAACAGAUUCCAAAUACACUGCGAAUGCUAGCUACAAUGUCCAAGUGCUUCCUGUCAAUGAAUUCACCCCCACUUUCAACCCAAAAACACUGAAUAUUAACAUAACAGAGAAUACUUUGGUCAACUUCACCUUUAUGUUGCAGGUAAGUGAAAUGUAGUCUUCAUAGCAUUUUUUUCAAAACAUUUGUGAGGGGAAUUGAAAAUGAUAAAAAAAUCAUUUAAGAGACAUUUAAAAACAUUUUUGUUUAAAUAGAUUUAAGAAAACCAGAGCGCCGUUGGCAUGCUUAAGUACAUGGAUAAACUUUUGUUCCUCUGCAACACAUUGGGGUCCUAUUUAUGUUGUGGCAGAUUAUUUAAAAUAUGAAAUUUUUAAAAAUAAUUUUUAAAAUAACAUAAUUAUAAAUAUUGAAUUUUCAUGAUUUUGCUAAUGUUAAGUGUUAUUUAAUUCUUAUGGAAGUCUUAAGGAAUAAACAAUGAAAUUUAAAAAACAAAACUGAACAUUAUGUAUUUUUUUAACUAUGUGUAAAGCUGUUUUCCUCUUGCUGGGCUCGAGGCUUCAUAAAAUGCUGAAGCCUCAGUUAAAUGCUGUUACAUUAUUGUAGUGGGCUUUCUUGUGCUGUAGGUUGUCUCACGCAGAUAAGACCAAUUAAUUAUUUUAUCUAAGUUUAUGGUUGAGAAUAUUAUAUCUGCAACAGUAAUAAUGCUGACAGCAGUAUGUUCCUCAAUCUUCAGGCAAAUGUCACUGAUGGUGAUGAGGGAGUGGAUGGCAGUUUCACUUACAGCAUAGAAAACGGUAAAAGUUUGUGA